GCAGCAGCAAUAGGUUCCCUGGCCGUGUAGUGACGUCAGUAGUGGCGGCCAUUUCCCCCUGGUCUGAGCUCCGCCUUCCUUCUAUCAUUCCCACGAGGCAGCAGGAGCAGAGAGCAGCCAUUGCUGUGUCUGGCAGCAGACAAUCUAGCUGUGAGGAGCGAGAGGUGUUAUUACAAGGAGCACUCAGAAUGGAAAAGGACAAGAAUCACAAGACUGAUAGGAUAAUAAAUCUCACUCUGGAGAUCAUCUACCUGCUGACUGGGGAGGGUUACACAGUAGAGAAGAAGACACCUGGUGAGUAUGAGACACCCAGCAGCCAUCCCUGCCUGUCAGGAGGACUGAGCAGGAUCCAGAGCCCCAUCAUGGUGCCUCCACCUCACUCACUGAUACAUGAGAGGCACAAUGACCAGAAGAUCCUGGAACUCACCCACAAGAUCAUUCAGCUGCUGACUGGAGAGGAAGGGGAGUAUAUAGAGGAACAGAGGGGUCUGUACAAGGACGUGAUGAUGGAGAAUCACCGGCCCCUCACAUCACUGGAUGGGCCCAGUAACAGAGAUACCCCAGAGAGAUGUCCCCGUCCUCUGUAUUCCCAGGAUUGUACAGAGGAGAAUCACAGGACCCCACAGGAGGAUCAGGGGGAACAGCUGACUGAUAUAAAGAUUAAUGAUCUAUGCGGAGAAGAAGAGACGUAUGUGACUGAUAUGAAGGCAGAAGAUAUAGAGGGAGAAGAAGAGACGUAUGUGGCUGAUAUGAAGACAGAAGAUAUAGAGGGAGAAGAAGAGACGUAUGUGACUGAUAUGAAGGCAGAAGAUAUAGAGGGAGAGGAAGAGACGUAUGUGACUGAUAUGAAGGCAGAAGAUACAGAGGGAGAAGAAGAGACGUAUGUGACUGAUAUGAAGACAGAAGAUACAGAGGGAGAAGAAGAGACAUAUGUGAUUGAUAUGAAGGCAGAAGAUAUAGAGGGAGAAGAAGAGACGUAUGUGACUGAUAUGAAGGCAGAAGAUAUAGAGGGAGAAGAAGAGACUUAUGUGACUGAUAUGAAGGCAGAAGAUAUAGAGGGAGAAGAAGAGACGUCUGUGACUAAUAUGAAGGCAGAAGAUACAGAGGGAGCAGAAGAGACGUAUGUGACUGAUAUGAAGGCAGAAGAUAUAGAGGGAGAAGAAGAGACAUAUGUGACUGAUAUGAAGGCAGAAGAUAUAGAGGGAGAAGAAGAGACGUAUUUGAGGGGUGAUCAGCAGUGUAAGGAGGAGGAAAUCCCUACAGAUAUCAGCACAGCAGAUGGACACAAAAGCAGGAACAUCUCAGAAGGACAUCUAAUGUUAUCCCCGGAUUGUGAAAUAAAAGAUAAUGACAGUAUACAUGAUUCUCCAGGAGCUGACCCCAUUACCCCAAUUAUACAUCCAGCUCUAUCAGCUGAUCCCUCUGAUCCUGGGAAAUGUUCUCCCGAUCACUCUGAUAUUGGUGCAUCUGUUACAGCUCUGACAGUAGAUACAGUGUUUCCCUGUUCUAUAGAUGCCAAAUGUUUUACACCGAACACGAAGCUUAUUACCCAUCAGCCACCUAAGGCAUAUGAGAGGCCAUUUCCAUGUUCUGAGUGUGGGAAAUGUUUUACAUGCAAAUCAGCUCUUGUUGCACAUCAGAGAAGUCACACAGGUGAGAGGCCAUUUCCAUGUUCUGUGUGUGGGAAAUGUUUUACAUGGAAAUCAACUCUUGUUACACAUCAGAAAACUCACACAGGUGAGAGGCCAUUUCCAUGUUCUGAGUGUGGGAAAUGUUUUACACUGAAAUCAUAUCUUGUUCAACAUGAGAGAAGUCACACAGGUGAGGGGAACUUUCCAUGUUCUGAGUGUGGAAAAUGUUUCACACACAAAUCAGUUCUUGUUACACAUCAGAGAAGUCACACAGGUGAGAAACCAUUUCCAUGUUCUGAGUGUGGGAAAUGUUUUACAUACAAAUCAGUUCUUGUUAGACAUCAGAGAAGUCACACAGGUGAGAGACCAUUUCCAUGUUCUGAAUGUGGAAAAUGUUAUACUACUUCAUCACAUCUUGUUACACAUCAGAGAAUUCACACAGGUGAGAAACCAUUUAAGUGUUCUGAGUGUGGGAAAUGUUUCACACACAAAUCAGUUCUUGUUACACAUCAGAAAAGUCACAUAGGUGAGGAAGCAUCUUCAUGUUCUGAGUGUGGGAAAUGUUUUUCCCAGAAAUCGGCUCUUGUAUUACAUCAGAGAAGUCACACAGGUGAAAAAACAUUUCCAUGUUCUGAGUGUGGGAAAUGUUUUACAGCGAAAUCAAAACUUGUGAGACAUCAGAGAAUUCACACAGGUGAGAAACCAUUUAAGUGUUCUGAGUGUGGGAAAUGUUUUGCUCUGCAAUUAAAUCUGGUUACACAUCAGAAAAGUCACACAGGUGAGGAACCAUUUUCAUGUUCUGAGUGUGGGAAAUGUUUUACUAAGGCAUCAUAUCUUGUUAUACAUCAGAGAAGUCACACAGGUAAGGAGCAAUUUUCAUGUUCUGAGUGUGGGAAAUGUUUUGCACAUAAAUCAGCUCUUGUAAUACAUCAGAGAAGUCACACAGGUGAAAAACCAUUUCCAUGUUCUGAGUGUGGGAAAUGUUUUACUUCCAAAUCAACUCUUGUUAUACAUCAGAGAAGUCACACAGGUGAGAAGCCCUUUGCAUGUUCUGAGUGUGGAAAAUGUUAUACUACUUCAUCACAUCUUGUUAAACAUCAGAGAAAUCACACUGGUGAGAAACCAUUUCCAUGUUCUGAGUGUGGGAAAUGUUUUAAAGAGAAAUCACAUCUUGUUAUACAUCAGAGAAUUCAUACAGGUGAGAAGCCCUUUGCAUGCACUGAGUGUGGAAAAUGUUUUGCUCGGCAAUCACAUCUGAUUAGACAUCAGAGAAGUCACAGGUGAGGCCAUUUGCAUGUUCUGAGUGAGAAAUAAAUGAGCUCUUGAUGCACACUGUAGACAUCACACAGGUGGGGAAGCAUUUUAAUCUUCUGGAGUAGACUCGUCUUUGCCAUUUCCCUGCAAUGUUCCUUCAGGUGCUAUUCUAUGUCCUAUGUUUUGUGUUUUGGAUUAUAAAAUCUUCAUUGAAGCAUGAACAUAAACUAUUGAGGUAUCUCGUUCCCUUUCCGUUGGGCACCAGAUUUUUUAGUGUAUUUGGUACUCCGGUUUCCAGGGGAUAUAUCCACUCUUUAUUUGGUUAGUUUCUUAUUUUAUUACUCAGAUUUUGAUAAAUGGCGUCAUUUGCCGUUAUCAUAUAUCGGCCGUUGAUGGUCUCCUUUCCCAGACUUCUUUACCCAAUCCAGAUGUUGCCUUUUCUUCUGACUGACCGUGAUGUUGCACAUAUUAAUAGGGCUAUAACCAAAUUAAUAUCGUCUGGUAAGCGCCCCAGGAUAUCACUGUAUAAAUUGCAGCAGCCGUUGCUGGGAGGCAUUAACUUCCAGAAUGUUCAGGAUUAUGCCCUGACAUCAAACCUAUGAUAUGCACUGGAUUGGGUAAGGAGUGUGGACAAUUAUGUUUGUUAUUCUCUUGAUCAAGCGUUUCUUUCCGGUGUUACAUUUGAUGCCUUAUUACAUUUACCGAUAACUUCUUUUCCAGUGGAACUAUGCGAUAAUCCAUUACUCUAUACCCCAUAUUUCUCUUACGUCCUAGAGGAUGCUGGGGUCCACAUUAGUACCAUGGGGCAUAGACGGGUCCCUUAGGAGCCGUGGGCACUUUAAGAGUUUAAUAGUGUGGGCUGGCUCCGUCUAUGCCCCUCGUACCAGACUUAGUUUAGAAAAUGUCCCCGGUGGAGCUGUACACAGCUAGGGUAGCUCCUAGAGCUUUUCUGGUUUUAGAAUUUUUUUAAGAGAUGUUAGGCACAGGGAGGCUGCUGGCAACAGCCUCCCUGCUUCGUGGGACUUGGGGGGGGGGGGGGUAGUGUCAAACCCUUGAGGUUAAUGGCCACUAUCUCUGCUAACAGAACACUAAGCUCCUGAGGGUGAUGAUCUCUAGCCCCCGAGGCGACCGCUCACUCCUGCCACCUCCUAACCAAGCCAGAAAAUUACGAUGGUGAAUAGGGCACCAUCGACCUGACAAGCGGGGAGCUGGUGAGAAUGGCGGCAUCAGGGUGGGAGCAAAGUACUGAAGCUGCACUCCGGUGGGCUCAGCGGUACUAUGGUGUGGCGCUGGGAGGGGCCCCCUGGGCCAGUGCAAUACCCUAACACUGGUCACUUCUAAGCUAUCAGGGACUCUGCUGCCAGCGAUCAUUUACUACAGACCUGUAUAAUCAAAGUGCGGGAAGAUGCACCAUUUUAGGGGGCGGGGCUUCUCAUAGCAGACCCAUCAGCUCACCAGCACUAUUUUCUCCCUGCAGAUCAUCACACUGAGGCGCUGACCGGGAGCGCUGCCCCUCCACAGUACUCCAGCUAUCCUGUGCGGUACCAGCGGGUUAUAGAGGGAGGGAGAGUGUAUAUUCAUUAUAACUGUGUGGUCUAUUACAGGUGCACAGUCAGCGCCAGGCACUUAUUCUAUAACUGCCUACUGGGGCGCUGUGUGGGUGCUGGCUCCAUUAACUCUGUUUCUCUGAAGGUACUUGGGGGAAACUGACAUUUUCCUGUGUGUGUGUGUGUGUGUAUAGUUUCUCACAGUACCAUGUCCAGGGACUCUGUGUCUUGUGCUGCAGAAUAUGUAUCUUCCUCAGAGGAAUCCAUUCCAUGUACUCAGGAAUGUAAUAUGUCUCAGCCUUCCGAAUCCGAACACCAGUGGGUGGCUUCCAUAAAGGGAAUGAUAUCCCAGAUUUCUACUAGGAUAGCACAUAAUGAGACUGAAACACAGGUUUUGUAUUUAUCUGGAGGUUUUGUCUGGUUCUGUUCUCACUACCUCAUCAAAAUCCCCUGGUAUAUGCCCAAAGAAGCGUGCUCUUGCCCAGAUUAUGCAAGUUGAGGUGGAUACUGACCCUGAUACAGGAGACAGUGAUGGGGGUGAGGCAUCCCUGGCCAGGUGGGAGCAGCUCAUGAUUGAUGCCAUUAGGGAUGUGUUACACAUUACUGUCAAAGCACCUGAGCAGGUCGAGGAGGCUUACUUUACGGAUAAUAAGAAAGCCUCCCUGACCUUCCCUGCGUCUCAGGAAUUAAACGCAUUAUUUGAAAAUUCCUGGGAAAACAUGGAGAAAAAGAAUUCCAGAUCCCUAAAAGGGUUCUAGUUGUUUUUCCAGAGGUGGGGAAAAAGUGGGAAAACCCACCUAUAGUAGACGCUUCUGUAUCUAGACUGUCAAAAACAGUGGUUUUACCUGUCCCUGGGUCUACCGCUUUGAAAGAACCGGCAGACUGCAAGAUUGAGGCUACGCUCAAAUCCAUUUACACUGCAGCCCACUAUUGCCUGUGCAUGGAUUUCUAAAGCCAUAGUAAAGUGGUCAGGCACAUAACUAGAGUCAUUAGAUUCUAUGGAUAGAAGUGACAUUGAAAUGUUUUUACGUCACAUACAGGAUUCUGCGGGUUUCAUGGUGGAGGCCAUGAAGGACCUGGGUCAUCUAAAUGCAAGGACGUCUAACAUGGCUGUCUCGGCAUGCAUGGGACUCUGGCUGCGCCAGUGGUCUGCAGAGUCCAGGAGAAGUGUGGAGAACCUACCCUUCACAGGUCAGGCUCUAUUUGGGGAGGCAUUGGCUGGGUGGAUCUCCACGGCAACCGCGGGUAAGUCAACCUUUCUUUCCUCAUCCGUUCAGAACCCGAAGAAACCUUUUUCUAUGUUUACUAUGCAGUCCUUUUGGACCACAAAGGUUAAGAAGUCCAAGCUUCCUACCACUUCAGAAGUGGGUGGGGAAAAUCCAGAAAACCUGUAUCGAAGGUUCCCAGGAACAGAAGCCCGGCUCCAUUUCCUAAAAAUCCUCAGCAUGAUGGUGGACCUCACUGCCUGGAGAGCGGGCAGGUGGGAGCAACAUUUCAGUCACAUCUCGGUGUCAUCAUGCCUGGAUCCCUGGGUACAGGAUAUUGUGUCCCAGGGGUACAGACUGGAGUUUCCAGAGCUCCCACCUCACAGAUUCUUCAAAUCAAGCUUACCAGCUUUGCUGACAGAAAGGGCUAUCCUACAGGAAGCCAUUCAAAAAAGUGGAAUAGGCAAAUGUAAUUGUUCCAGUUCCACCUCAUCUGGAAUGCAAGGGUUACUAUUCAAACCUAUUUAUGGUACCGAAACCGGACGGUUCAGUCAGACCAAUUUUUAACCUGAAGUCAUUAAACCCUUAUCUGAGGGAAUUCAAAUGGAGUCUCUGAGAGUGGUGAUCUCGGGUCUGGAGGAGGGGGAGUUCAUGGUAUCCAUAGAUCCGAUUUGGCUGUCACACCAGGCUUAUCUCAGAUUUGGACUGUCACUAUCAGUUCCCGGCACUGCCAUUCACCCUCUCCACGGCAUCGAGGUUGUUCACCAAGGUGAUGUCAGAGAUGAUGAUACUCCGCAGGCAAGGAGUGAACAUAAUUCCAUAUCUGGAUGAUCUCCUGAUAAAGGCAUCAUACAGGGAGAGGUUGUUACAGUCCAUUACUCUCACGACUCGACUGCUCAGGGAUCAUGGAUGGAUCCUGAAUCUUCCAAAGUCACAUUUGGAGCCGACAAGGAGAUUAUCUUUCCUGGGGAUGAUCCUUGACAUGGAAGUGCAGAGGGUAUUGCUGCCAGUGGAGAAGGCAUUGGUGAUACAAACAAUGAUCCUUGAUGUCUUGAAGCCAGCCCAGGUAUCUGUUCAUCAGUGCAUUUGUCUGCUGGGGAAGAUGGUCGCCGCUUAUGAGGCUCUACAGUACGGAUGGUUUCAUGUGUGGUCCUUCCAACUGGAUCUCCUGGACAAGUGGUCGGGAUCGCACCUACACAUGCACCAGAGAAUAUGUCUGUCGCUGAAAGGCAGGAUUUCACUCCUAUCAUGGCUACAACUGCCUCACCUUCUCGAGGGAUGCAGGUUUGGGAUUCAGAACUGAAUCCUUCUAACCAUGGAUGCAAGUCUCAGAGGUUGGGGUGCAGUUGCCCAAGGGGAAACCUUCCAGGGAAGGUGGUCAACUCUGGAAUCCAUUCUUCCAAUAAACAUUCUGGGACUAAGCCGUGUACAAUGGUCUCCUACAAGCUGCACAUCUUCUGCAAGAUCAGGCCAUUCAGGUGCAGUCGGACAAUGUGACAACAGUGGCCUACAUAAACUGACCAGGUGGAACGAAGAGCAGGGCGGCAAUGUCAGAGGUAACAAAAAUCCUCUGGGCAGAAAAGCAUGCGAUGGCGCUGUCGGCAAUCUUCAUUCUGGGAGUAGGCAACUGGGAAGCGGAUUUCCUCAGCAGACACGAUCUCCAUCCAGGAGAGUGGGGACUCCACCCCAAGGUGUUUGCAGAGGUGACAAGUCUUUGGAGCGUACCUCAGGUAGACGUGAUGGCCUCACGCCUCAACAAGACGCUUCACAGGUACUGUUCCAGGUUGAGAGACCCACAGGCAGUGGCGGUGGAUGCACUGGUAACUCAGUGGUUCUUCCAGUCGGUGUAUGUAUUCCCUCCACUUCCACUCAUCCUGGGAUUCUCAAACUAAUAAAAAGGACAAAAGUUCAGGCGAUCCUCAUUGGUCCGGACUGGCCAAGAAGGGUUUGGUACACGGAUCUUCUGGAGUUACCUCUGGAAGAUCUAAGGCCUAUUCCUCUUAGCAAGGACCUGUUACAACAGGGGCCAUUCGCUUAUGAAGAAUUACCAUGGCUUUGUUUGACGUCAUGGAGGUUGAAAGCUAGAUCUUAACGUGGAAAGGCAUUCCAACCACGGUUAUUCCGACCCUGAUACAGGCUAGGAAAGGAGUAACGUCUAAACAUUACCUUCGCAUUUGGAAAAAAUGUGUCUUGGUGUGGAUCUAAGAAGUUUCCUCCGGUGGAGUUUCAACUUGGAUGGUUUCUCUUCCUGCAAGCAGGUGUGGAUGUGGGCCUGUGUUUGGGAUCCAUAAAGGUCCAAAUUUCGGCCUUAUAUAUUUUCCAGAAACUAUUGGCUGCCCUCCCUGAAGUUCAGACUUUCUUGAAAAGGGUUCUGCACGUCCAGCCUCCCUUUGUCCUUCUUACGGCACCCUGGGAUCUUAACGUGGUGUUGCAGUUCCUGAAAUUGGAUUGGUUCGAACCUUUUACAGGAGGUUGAGGUCAAGUUCCUCACAUGGAAGGCUGUCACAUUGUUGGUCUUAGCUUCUGCUAGACGUGUGUCGGAAUUGGGGGCUUUGUCCUGUAAAAGCCCCUACUUAAUUUUCCAUGAAGAUACAGCUGAGCUCAGGAUGCAUCAGCAGUUCCUUCCAAAGGUUGUGUCAGCUUUUCAUAUCAACCAACCUAUUGUGGUGCCAGUGGCUACUGACUCCUCAAUUACAUAGAAGUCCUUGGAUGUUGUCAGGGCUUUGAAAAUCUGUGUGAGGAAGAUUGCUUGUCACAGGAAAUCGGACUCUGUUUGUCCUUUUAUGAUCCCAAGAAGGUUUGGUGUCCUGCUUCUAAGCAGGCGAUCCAGCAUGUGUAUUCUAUGGCAGGAUUGCCGUGUCCAAAAUCUGUUAAGGCCCACUCUACUUGUAAGGUGGAUUCUUCCUGGGCGGCUGCCCAGGGGGUCUCUGCUUUACAACUUUGCUGAGCCGCUUCUUGGUGUGGGUCGAACAUGUUUGCUAAAUUCUACAAGUUCGAUAUGUUGGCCACUGAGGACCUAAAGUUUGGUCAAGCAGUUCUGCAGGAGCCUCCACGCUCUCCCUCCCAUUCUGGGAGCUUUGGUACAUCCCCAUGGUACUAAUGUGGACCCCAGCAUCCUCUAGGACGUAAGAGAAAAUUAAGUAUUUAAAUACCUACCGGUAAAUCCUUUUCUCAUAGUCUGUAGAGGAUGCUGGGCACCUGCCCAACGCUUCAUUUUCCUGCAGUGGUUACUUGAUUCAGUACUGUUUGUUUUUGGUUACGUACUGCAUUGUUACUUGGAUAAGUAAUUUUCUUCAGCUGUUGCUGAGUUCAAGCUGGUUAGCUUGGUUUGCCUUGUAUGUGUGAGCUGGUGCAAAUCUCACCACUAUCUGUGUAUGUCCUUCACUCGAAGUAUGUCCGUCUCCUCGGGCAUAGUUUCUAGACUGAGUCUGGUAGGAGGGGCAUAGAGGGAGGAGCCAGCCCAGACUAUUAAACUCUUAAAGUGCCCAUGGCUCCCAAGGGACCCGUCUAUACCCAAUGGUACUAAUGUAGACCCCAGUAUCCUCUACGGACUACGAAAAAAGGAUUUACCGGUAGGUAAUUAAAAUCCUAUUUUGACCUGGCAUCUUUUACGUAGGAGGCUUUGCUUGUCUUGUACCAAUAUGUUUUUACCUUUUAGUUCAUACUUGAGACUUACAUAAUGGGAGUGCGGACAUUAUUUUUAAUACUUAGCACCUCCAUGGACUCCGCUCAGUGCAUCAAUUUCUGUAGGACGACCGAUCCUCUAUCCUUACUCUGUCCAAGCUCACAGAAUGAUACUCUAAUGCUACAAUUCCAUUGUUCGCAUACUUUCAAGCCCGCAGCUAUAUUUUUAAAUGUCGGAGUUUUCCCUAAUUGAUAGAACUAACUCUUUUGAUGCUUUAGUAUUGGAACGUAAAGGGGGUUCGCUCCCCACUUCUAUGCUGUAUGAUCAGAUUAGAAAAAAACUCGACCUGUCGGCGGUUACUACUGGUACGGUUAAGUGGUUGGAUUCCGUUCCUGAGCUUUCUUUGCAGGCUAUAGUUAAGCUUUCAGUUUCAUUGAACAAACAAUUAAUAUUGUCUUCUUUUGUAGAAAUACAAUAUAAAAUGUUACAUAGGGCUUAUUACACCCCCAGAUUACGUUUUAUAAUGGGCAUAUUGGAUAAUUCUAAUUGUUUUAUAUUCUCACUCCCAGAGGCUGAUAUCUUCCACUGUCUGUGGUCUUGUGACAUUGGUCAAUUGUUUUGGAAAGAGAUCCAGAUUAAUGAUACCUUGUACAUUCCUUUCUCUGAGACUGUUUCAUGGGCUUUGUGGAAUCACUUUCCUUCCUCAAGGUCCAAUGAACCAACAAUGGGUGUCUGUCGCUUAUUGGCCAAAAUAGCUGCGGUUGCUAAGAAAACCAUUCUCUCAAAAUGGAUACACCCUGACCGUAUCUCUUUGUCAUGUAUGUUUCCAGACUUGCCCAUGUUUAUAGAAUGGACUGGGUUGAAUGCUCGUUGGAUGUUGAGUCACGAGCAUCAAACUUUGACAUAUGGCUGCCUUAUAUUGUUACGCUAUGUAAUAUUGAGAAGGACCAGAUUAGAAGAAUUGUUCACCUUACUGCAUGGUAUAACAUGGCGACCCUGGUGGGGAAAGCACCUCCUUUCUAACUGGGUUGUUUGGAAGUUUUCUUUAUUAUGUUACCUCCGCAGUGUCUCUGGAUGUGUUGUAUUUUUAUUGUAUGUUGGUUCUCAUCUGUUUCAUUUUACUUGAGGCUCUCCCAUGUGACACUGAUUUCUAAUUGAUUUUUGUAGCAACCUUGUGUAUCCCUGCAUGGACUCUUUUGUGCCUACUACCAUACUGUGCCUAUACCCGUGUCAUUUAUUUCAUAUGUACUGCUUGAUUUUUCUUUCUCAAUAAACAUACAUUUAAUAAAACUAUUGAGCUAUCACAGAUAUAUCGUGUAGAUCUAUAUACCGGAUACCAAGAAAACUACUUAUCCUUCUAGCUGUAUCUGGCUUCUGACUGAAAGAUCUCAUGCAAAGAGGACAAUCCUGUGCUUCAGCCUUUUGCUCUCUCCAGGUCACGUCCCCUCCUCCAUCUCUUGGACCUCCCACCUUCCGUACAUCACUUUUAACCCUGCACUUGCCUGCAGUAACUGACCAUCAAGCCCCUGCUAUUCUCUUCCCCUCUAAAAGGGGCCAAAUCAGAUGACACACUCAGUCGACCUAAUGCUACAUCGCUUAUCUCCCUCGGGGCAAUGUAAUAUCUGGUAAGACAAUGUUAGCGUAUCCUUGCAGGGGUAUAAAGCCUAGACACUUACACAUAGCAGUGAGUUCUGAAUGAAUCUGGGUCUGGCUGCA